ACACUAGACAAUAACAAGUUUCAAUAACACUAAUAACAGAUAUUUGAGAUAUCGAAUCUAGAUUUAGAAUAGCAGAAAUGAUAAAAAUUAUGACAACUAGACCGCACAUUUUUCUAAAAUUUCAUCGUCAUUUUUCUCAUUUUCGUUCGCACUUAGAUCUAAUACCAAAGGCAAAGCAAGUUUCACUGAGACAAUUUUGUUCAAAUUCAAGAUGUAUGUUAUUAACUUCAAUAAACAAGUCUUGGUCUUCUGGAUCUAACAACAGUUACAACUACAGGAGUUGCCAGAAAUAUACAACAAGUUCUGAAAAUUCUAAUAAAAAAUCUGAUGGAACUGUCAACAUACCUUGGUGGGGGCGACUCCUAAUAGUUUCUAGCAUUGGUGCUGGUGUUUACUACACUUAUAAAAGUGCCGAGCAUGAGAAGGAGCUAGAUAAUGAACUAUAUAGAUAUAAAGAAUUUGAAAAGAUCAAUCUAGGGGGUGAUUGGACUUUGAUCGAUCACAAUGGGAACAAAAGGUCAAGUACCGACUUCAGGGGUCAGUGGAUUAUUAUGUAUAUGGGAUUCACACAUUGUCCAGACAUCUGUCCAGAAGAAAUGGAGAAACUGGGGACAAUUGUAAAAACUUUUGAUAAUAGUGCAGACUUGCCUAAGUUGCAGCCAGUAUUUAUAACACUUGAUCCAGAGAGAGACACACCAGCAGUUAUUAAAGAUUACUUAAAAGACUUCACUUCACCUCGUAUCGUUGGUUUCACUGGAACAGAAGAAGAAAUCAAAGAAGUUGCCAAGAAAUUUAGAGCUUAUUUUGGGAAAGGACCUAAAGAUCAGGAUAAUGAUUAUAUAGUUGAUCACACUAUCAUUAUAUAUCUUAUAAAUCCAAAAGGAGAAUUUGUAAACUACUACAGUCGUAGUAGAACCGCUACAGAAGUCAUACAGUCAGUAACAAAACAUAUUGAGAAAUACAAUGAACUUGAAAAACGAUGACAUUGAUACUCUAUGCUAUAAAUAAUUUAAAUGAUUUUUUUAUUACUAAUAUUCUUGUUAAUCUGUUCUUGUUCUGUUUUUUUUUAUUUUGUACACUUUUGUUAUCAUUAGCUACAAUGUAAACAUUCUAGAAUAAUAUGAUUUACCUUACGAAAUAAAAUAUUUUUACUUUACAGAA